AUGUGUGGUGGCGCGUGGGAGACUGUGGCAGUGGGACAUUGGGUCCCAGUGCAAUCCCCUAUUUGUCACAAGCGCGUAGGUUUGAUAUGUUCGGACUGUUGGAUCGAACUCAAACUCACGUAUGUUGUACCUUGUGUUUCUAGGAUCGUGGAUCGGAGUCCUGGAUAUUCCGAAAUCGCAAAACCUAGGUCGGUGACGACUGCACCGAGUUUGGAGACCCCGGCUCAGCCGACAUCUACUACCAUUGCUCCAGCACUGAUGGACCACGUGCCAGCUGGUCCCGGGGGGGUCCCAGGCGUCUGCAUCAUCAACUUCAUCAGUGGCGCAGCCUCCAAGAAGAACACCCGAGGGCCGUGUCGGCAGCUGAAGACGGCGAAGGUCACCCGGGUGACCAGCAGUCGUAUCAGCAUCGGAUACAACGAGCGCCAUCGGGUUGCAUCAACGGCGGAGUUGCAUAGCUCCUUGGCCCACGAUAUUGGCCACGUCGUUCGGACCCAUUGCCCGAUGCAAUGGAAGUCUUGGAAUGUCAUGCCUGACGAGAUCAAGAUGGAGACAAACGAAAACUUAGAGGACCUCGACGACGAGUCGUUGGCGUACGUCAACAGACUCUUCGCUGAGACGUACAAGCAAUGGAAGAGCGACUUGCACCACCAUUUUGAGGCGUUUGAUGAUCCGCAAGCGCCCGAUUAUGUGAAUAAAGCCCAAGUCAAUAAGGGCAAUAGGAAGAAGAAGACUCUUAUCACCAUUCCGGUUCCAGGCUCCUUGGCCCACGAUAUUGGCCACGUCGUUCGGACCCAUUGCCCGAUGCAAUGGAAGUCUUGGAAUGUCAUGCCUGACGAGAUCAAGAUGGAGACAAACGAAAACUUAGAGGACCUCGACGACGAGUCGUUGGCGUACGUCAACAGACUCUUCGCUGAGACGUACAAGCAAUGGAAGAGCGACUUGCACCACCAUUUUGAGGCGUUUGAUGAUCCGCAAGCGCCCGAUUAUGUGAAUAAAGCCCAAGUCAAUAAGGGCAAUAGGAAGAAGAAGACUCUUAUCACCAUUCCGGUUCCAGGCUCCUUGGCCCACGAUAUUGGCCACGUCGUUCGGACCCAUUGCCCGAUGCAAUGGAAGUCUUGGAAUGUCAUGCCUGACGAGAUCAAGAUGGAGACAAACGAAAACUUAGAGGACCUCGACGACGAGUCGUUGGCGUACGUCAACAGACUCUUCGCUGAGACGUACAAGCAAUGGAAGAGCGACUUGCACCACCAUUUUGAGGCGUUUGAUGAUCCGCAAGGGGGGCCUAAAUUCCCAGAGAUCGACGUCUUUGGUGACGUUUAUGUUCGACCUGGGAAUGAGUUGGCCGAGUCUCUUCAUACGACGAUGGUGGAGAGGAGCCAGUUGGUUCUUCAGGAGUCCACCUCUCCCAACUUCCUCCCGAGACUCUGA